UAUAAAGAAACCGCAGAGAGUGUAUCUUGGGCUUUACAAAGAAAGAUAAACAAUGGAUAACAUCUGAUACGUGGAUGAAAAUCGAUGAGAGGAGGAAAGCCAAAGAUAACCAGCUAAGUGCAAAGUCCCCUAGGCUGACUCAGUCAGCAUGCAACAGAAGUAUAUACAUGUAAUAUCAAAGCAAGACGUCAAAGAAAAGUGCCUGAAGGGGCAAGAGAGCCUUUGUGGAGGAGCUAGCUGAUAAAGCAAAAAAGGCUACAGCCAAGGGAGACCUCAAUACUGUGUACAAGAUCACUAAGCAGCUAAGUGGACAGAGUAACACCCACAUCAAACCAAUCAAAGAUGAGGAAGGGAAAGUUAUCACAACUGAAAAGGAACAGGCUGCAAGAUGGGUCGAGCAUUUCAAAGAAGCGCCUAACCGCCGACAGCCUAAUGAGGCUGCGAACCGAGGACCUUCGGAUGGCCUCAACAUUAACACCGACCCGCCCUCUCGGGCUGAAGUGGAUACUGUAAUAAAGCCCUUGAAAAAUGUAAACGCUCCAGGGAUUGAUUCGCUACAAGCAGGAGUACUAAAGACAGAUACCAUCACUACAUCCUUGGGGCUGAACGAUUUCGUUACUAAGAUCUAGAACCAUGAGGUGAUUUCUAAAGACUGGAGUAUGGGCCUUAUAUGCAAGAUCCCUAAGAGGGGGGGGCCUCAUUAAUUGUGACAACUGUCGAGGCAUAAGACUGUCCCCGAGGAAUCCAGUGAACCUAGUCUGGGACCAGGCUCCGCAGUGGGCGAAAAAGGGAAAAACAAAUCGACGAGCGAAAAGAGCGGAACGGAAGUCUGGGGAGCGAAAAAGGGUGGCUUCGCUCGCCGAUUUUUUUUCGCCCCCAUCGAUUUUUUUCCUUUUCCCCCAAUGCGGAGACUGGUCCCAGGCAACAGUGGACCCUGUUCUCAUAUUGGAAGACGCCGAUUUUGCCUAUGAUCUGGCAGCCCUGUAGGCUACUCUUAGCCAUGUCCAGGAGAAAUGUGACCGACUAAGCCGUUUUGCAAGAAAACCGGUCUGUACAUCAACCUUAGAAAGACCCAGGUGAUCUAUGUCGAUGCCCCUAAGCACCCCGAAUCACCAACAGUGGAGAGGAACUGGACUGUGUCGACGAUUUCACUUAAAUGGAAAGCCUUAUUAGUAGUGACAAAGGUGCCGAUAAAGGCAUCAAGACCCACAUUAACAAAGCCAGAGGUGCUUUCAGUCAACUCCGCAACAUAGGGAAGUCUGUGUAAUAUAGCCUCAAAACUAAGAUCGGGCUUUAUAACAGCAAUGUUAAGCUGCACUUUUGAAUGGCUCUGAGUGCUGGAGAGUGACGAAAGAAGAUGAGAAAGGUCGAUAUCUCUGACAACAGCUGCCUCCGUAAGAUCUGCAAUAUUUACUGGAGUAACAAGAUCAGUAAUGAGGAACUGUUCAAGAAGACGGAAGGCAUGAAUAUGUGAUUAUGUCCGUCGAAAUUAAGAACCAAGGAUGCCCGGCCAGUGAGAAGUACCCAAAGUUGCCUUAAGAUUGACCCCAACUGCGAGGAGGCCAGCUAAAAAACAACUGGCGGAUAACAGUGAUGAGAGGGCUGGAGGUGUUGGUUCUAAAAUGGCGUGAAGCGCAGGCCAACGCUCAGGACAAGAUAGAGAGGUGAAAUUUCGCUACUGCCUCAUGUCCCAGCCCGGAUGAAGAGGUUGAGUGAGUGAGUGACUUGACAUAAAGGCCACAGGGCGCGAACUAAAGUUACUAAAGCUCAGAGGAAAGCUCACACCUGUUCUCUUGAAUAACUGCAUACGUAAAUUUAUAGGUAAUAUUUUUACGCAACUGGAAAACAGAUAUGAAAGUUAACUUGAUGUGAUAUUGCCGUACAAUUCAAUUUAGUGUGUUCCUCUUAGCUACAGUUCAGAUCCUUAUUUUACACACGGCAAAUUUACAACUUUUAAUCAAUCUAAAGAAAAUUAUCCUUUCUUCUGUGCACAGAUGGAAAAGCAUGUUAGUCCUGUUGAUGGUGACUGCGAGGAAGUAGAACGAAGCUGUUCUUUUGAGCAAAUCGGAUGUGAAAAGGCUACGAAGGUUUGCUUUUGGUAUUUAUCUUUUAGAAUUACACGCUACGGGUGCACUUUGUGAACCGUCAACGUACCCACGUGCUAAUUUACUGGCCUCCCUUGGCAGUUCAUGUCUAACUUCAGUAACCAUGCUUUUCUGUAGAAAAUGAAGUAUUCUGAGGCAAAGAAACAUAACCAGAUAUGUUCCGUAUUUCACCUGAAUCUGCUGCUGAAUUUCGUUCUCCGUCUUGAGAAGCACGUAAAGCACAUUGUCGGCGCGUCUGGUGCAUGGGUUGGUAGUGGCGCUGAUGACUGGACGAGGGGAACGGAAAGGCUCGUUUCCGAAGCAAUAUCAAAAAUAGAUACAGCUGUAAGAGAGACAACAGAUUUGCGCCAGAAACUGGUGGAACAAGGCCAAAGACUUGCAUUACUGGAAGGAAGGGUUAGAACUGCUAAAGACAUACCAAUGGCAUCAAAUUCCGCUAUGUUGUUGCCUCAGAAUUUGCCUGGGGACAUUUCAAGAAGACUCACUAACGCUGAAAAUGGAAGUGGUAACAUAGAAUUCCUAAUGGGCGAAACAGUUCGAGAGAUAAACAAUGUCAAGCAAGAGGUAAAAGAUUGUCUAUCUUUUUUUCUCCACAUAUUUUCCCUUCAUAUUAACAAACGAUUGACCUCUCCUGAAAAUUUGGUCACAGAAUUAUCUCCCAAAACUGUGACAUCUUUUCUGGCCUUGAUUUUGCCGACUGUUACUCAACUGAUCUGGAAUACAGAGUUAAUACCAAGUUUCUUAGUAUUAACACCCAAUAGAGAAUGGCUUAUUCUCUCUUGCUCAUUCUCUCUUGUAACACACUCUAAUGUGGGUGUAAAACCGGGGAGUCCGGGAAGUGUUUGUCGCUUUUCUGGGUAAGUUAAUGAUAGAAUUUUGUAUGGUGCAUUAAUAGAGACUCACCUUGUAAGAAUAAUGCAGGUGUAGAUUCUAAGUUAUCUCCCAAAACUGUGACAUUUUUUCUGGCCUUGAUUUUGCCGACUGUUACUCAACUGAUCUGGAAUGCAGAGUUAAUACCAAGUUUCUUAGUAUUAACACCCAAUAGAGAAUGGCUUAUUCUCUCUUGCUCAUUCUCUCUUGUAACACAGUCUAAUGUGGGUGUAAAACCGGGGAGUCCGGGAAGUGUUUGUCGCUUUUCUGGGUAAGUUAAUGAUAGAAUUUUGUAUGGUGCAUUAAUAGAGACUCACCUUGCAAGAAUAAUGCAGGUGUAGAUUCUAAGUCUGAUGUCAAUGUGUAGGCAAUCCAGGGUAACAUUAGACGAUGUGUCAUUAUUACCAUAGAGAAACUGAGCUGGAGAAAUUCCGACAACUAUAAUCCUUUAAAGUGCAUAUGAACCGAAAAUUAUUUUUAGUCAGUUAAAAUCUUUAUCAUUUAAAAUUCUCGAUUCCAAAGUUUGAGAUGUUUUGAGUAAAAACUGCCGAUUUUAUAAGCGAUCGAAGUUGGCCUGUUUCGUACCAAAAAAUGGUCUUCAAAUCGCGCGGUCAAAUUACCACGUGACUUUAUGCUGAUGACGUAAAUUACGUAAUUUUGGUUGCAUCUUGAAUCAUUCAAACAAAGCAACUAUGGCGGAGAGCUCGAAAACACCGAAAGCGACGCGAAGAGGAGGGCGAUAUUGCGCCGCUGGAACCCCAAACCAGCGAAGUUGUAAAAAUACGACAUUUACGCCUGGAAUACGUAUGCACGAGUUUCCAUCUGAUCCGUCUGUUUUACAUCCGUCUGGGGGAUGUAAAACGCUUACUGAUAUGUGUAUCACGAUCAAAUUACCAGCUCUCAUUGACCCUGUUCAUGGGAAUUGAGGCCUGUACUUUAAUAUGAUUUUAUGAAUCAAUUGCAUUUCGUUCUUUCACGGUUUUACUAAUGGACGAAUGAUUCGUUCUUCUCCUUGACCCAUCACUGCUUCCUUUACGCUAAUCACUAAUUGGCUAAAAUACAGAUUCACUGCUUAACACCCUAAUCAAAUGAAUGACUGACUGACCGACUGACUGACUGGCUAACUCUUUGACAUUCAGCGUUUGAUCUAUUGAUUAGAUAUCCUCUCUUCGGGGUCAAGUAGACGAAAGUGUAAACAGCGUAAGGCGACUUGAAAGACGAAUUGAAUCCAUAGAGCACAAUUUGGCACUCAGAAACGUAACUGUACAAGACAUCGAGGAACAUGUACGGCAAGAACAGUUCUCUACCUAUGAUGGCAUAUUACUCUGGAAGGUCACAGAAGUCGCUCGUCGCACAGAGGAAGCGCGUUCUGGACAACAAUCCUCCAUUUAUAGCCCGUGCUUCUACACUAGUCGCCAUGGCUACAAAAUGUGUGCCAGGCUGUAUUUGAACGGAGAUGGCAUGGGCAAAGGAACACAUCUUUCGUUGUUUUUUGUUCUCAUGCGUGGUGAGUUCGAUGCACUUCUCCGUUGGCCUUUCCGACAGAAGGUCACUAUGAUGCUGAUGGACCAAGACAACGUGGAGCACGUGAUCGAUGCCUUCAGGCCUGACCCAAGGAGCACCUCCUUUCAAAGGCCGAGGCGACAGUCAAACAUUGCCAGUGGAUGUCCAAAUUUCUGCUCGCUGUCUGACCUAAAUAGUCACGCCUACGUAAGAGAUGAUACAAUGUUUAUAAAAAUCAUUGUCGACACCACUGAUAUUUAG